GUCUUUGACUGGAUCAAAGAACACGGGUGACACGGCCCCAACAUGCCAGCCCUCAGUCUGGUCACUCUGGUCAGCUUGGUGUCCACUGUUUUCACCAAGCAGCUGGACGCCCACCCGCCCCAACAGCAGCACCAGCACUGGGCACAGAUCUGCAGCGGGAACCCCACCAACCGCGUCCGCGGCUGCGACAGAUACGGCUGCGGGAAUUUCGGCGCUGACAGGCACAGUGGCAAAGAAAAGCAUGCGGGUGUGGAUGUCAUCUGCUCUGACGGAGCCACGGUGUACGCUCCCUUCAGCGGGCAGCUCUCGGGACCCAUCCGCUUCUUCCAUAAUGGAAAUGCCAUUGAUGAUGGGGUCCAAAUCAGGGGAUCAGGUUACUGUGUGAAGCUCGUCUGCAUUCACCCCAUCCGCUACCACGGCCACAUCCGCAGAGGGGAACGACUGGGGAAAAUGCUGCCAAUGCAGAAAGUAUAUCCUGGCAUUAUUUCUCAUAUCCACGUUGAGAACUGCGACCACUCUGAUCCUACUCAUCUGCUUACACCUGAUGUCCCACCACUGCCACAACAGGACGGGCGCUGGGCUGCAGUGUGUUCUGGGAACCCUACCAAUGAGAUAAGAGGCUGUGAUAAGUACGGCUGUGGAUACUAUGGAGCCCCAAGACGCAACGGCAAAGGGAAGCACCGGGCAGUGGAUGUCAUCUGUGCUGACGGGGCCACCGUGUACGCUCCCUUCUCUGGCCAGCUCUCUGGGCCUAUUAAAUUCUUCCACAAUGGAAAUGCCAUUGAUGAUGGAGUCCAAAUCAGGGGACCAGAGUUCUGUGUAAAACUACUCUGCAUCCAUCCCAUAAGAUACAGUGGUGCAAUUUCCAAGGGACAAGUCCUUGGGAGAAUGUUGCCAAUGCAAAGAGUAUUUCCUGGGAUCACGUCUCAUAUUCACAUUGAGAACUGCGACCACUCGGACCCUACAAGCAAUCUUGAAAGGGGGAAAGGGCAAAGAGAAUGAAAUGGAAACACCGUAAAUUUGAAAUAAAUCUAUCUCAGCAUCCAAAA